AUUUUUUCAAAGCAAAACACCUUAACAGAGCUGCUUACAGUUUGAAACUAGCUAUAAAUGCAAUAAAAAUUCAACAUCACCUAAUAGUUUUAUUAGGAAUACCUAAUUGUUCUAUUAGGGUUUAAUUUCUUCACCCGGAAGGAAGGAAGGAGAUUGCUCUUUAAGGUGGCCCCUUGUGUUAGCAGGACCUCCUUUUUAAGGACCUUACCUUGUUAAGGAUCUUCCCCCAUUUUUGGAGAGACAAUGCACCCACAUAACAAAUCAGGAAUUACCCCCAGGGAAUGACACUGGGUGUUGAAGGCCUCCAGUUGUUCAGCUCUUUGUGUCAGUAGGUGAGGCCCAUCAACCUGAGGUCAGGGCUAGCUUUUGGGGGCAGGUUUGAAAGCCAUCUUCUAUGUCUCUUGGGAGAAGAAGGAUUUGAGAGCCUAAAUUUCAGCUGGGAUCAAGCCACCACCAACAGGAACACUCACUUCCAAGCCUCCUGCCAGAAUUUGCUCUUCUUUUUGUAAAAGAAUUUUGCUCCAAAAAUGGAAGUGAGGCCAGUUUUGGCAGCAGGAAAAGUCCCUUCUGGGUUUGUCCCUGGAUGGAGAAUGGGCCACCCAGAAUGGAUAACACCAAGAGAACCUGAACACGAAGAGUCUCAGGGGCUACAACAGAGCUGGGAAGCUCAAUGGCAGGCAUUGCUGAAGACCCUCCAGUCUCCUCACCCAGAACUGUGGAAUUUGCCACCACUGGAACGCAAACCAUGGGAUGAUACGAAUGCCUUUCUGGCCUCCUUCGAGCAAGUGGCUGAAGCCUGCCAGUGGCCAAGAGGAGAGUGGGCAGCCCGGCUCCUGCCAGCUCUGAGCGGAGAAGCCAAAGCUGUCUUCAGCAGGCUGGGUGCCGGGGACAAAGGAGACUAUGGGAAGGUGAAGGCUGCCAUCUUGCAAAGGGAUGCCAUCCAGAUGGAGGUUCAGCGCCAGCACUUCAGGCAGCUUCGCUAUCAGGAGGCUGAAGACCCGCAAAGGAUUUACAGCCAGCUGCAGGAGCUUUGCCACCAGUGGCUGAAGCCGGAGAGACGCACUAAGGAGCAGAUCCUGGAGCUGCUGGUCCUGGAGCAGUUCCUGGCCAUUCUGCCGCCAGAACUCCAGACCUGGAUCCAGGGAGGGGGCCCGGAGACCUGGUCCCAGGCUGUUGCCUUGGCGGAGGACUUCCUGAUGAGCCAGCAAGAGUCCACGACUGGAAGAUGCCAGGUGCCGUUGCAGGAGAUGGCUGUGCGUCUGCCCGAGGCAGACGAGGCUUUGUCAGAGGACUGUCAGAGACAGGUCCACAAAGAGGAAGAGAAGGAUGGAGAAAUCAGUUUGAUGGCCAGUGGGUCACCAACCCUAAAUCCCCAGAGUUUGAUUCUUCCUCCAGAAAGACAGGAAGUGCCUGACAUAUGGCCGUCUGAGGAAGCUGUGGGCUUGACGGAUGUGACCGUGGCCUCGGAUGGGGCUGAGGAGGCUGAGCUAAACCCCACUGGCAACCCUAUGUGCUGGGAAGUCGCACAGGAGAAUUGUGGGGGCUUUACCUCUUCAGGAGGAGUUGUGAUCCCCAAACUUCAGGUCUUCUCUGAGCCCAAACCAGAGAAUGAGAUGCUUGUAGUGGGCUGUCGUGACAGGAUGGCGGUUCAAGGCAACCUUUUUGGAAUGUCUCUAAGAGCUGCAAUUAACAAAUUUGUGCCUGACUCUGAACAACAGCAAGGAGUGUUGCUAGCAGAGGGCCCAAGUGGAUCCGCUAAGUUGGCCCAAGACCACAGAUUGAGAAAUAAAACCACAAGGGACCCGUCGUGUGUGAAAAAGGCCCCCAAUUCAAAGGUCAAGAAGACACAUUGCAGCAAAUCGGGACAGGUUAUAAAUCAGACGAGCCAAAUGAAUGGCUCCUUGUCUGGAGCAUGCUUGCCACCUCCUAAAGGCCUCCGUGAUAGACAACAGGAAAUAAUAACAAUUGUUCAGCUUAAACAGCAGCACAAAUGUCCAGAGUGCGGGAAAAGCUUUCUCUUCAGGUCUCAAAUGAUGACGCAUAGGAGGAUUCACACAGGAGAGAGGCCAUUCUGCUGCCUGGACUGUGGGAAAAGCUUCACUCGGAAUGAUCAUUUGAUUUCCCAUCGAGUAGUUCACACAAAGGAGAUGCCGUUCAAGUGUGUGGAGUGUGGGGAAGGCUUUCUGAAGAAAAUGAAGUGGAUAGCCCAUCAGAAAAUCCAUACGGGAGAGAAAUUAUAGGAAGAUACAGAAUGUUUCACAAAAUGUACCUUGGAAACAUAGAAUUUAAUCCCAUCCUUCCCAGAAAGCUUCACCAAUAUCUACUUAAAUUGUGUAAUUAGGAAAUAGGAAUAGUACACAUUACAAAUAGAUGUGUGUGUGGAAAUGUCUCAUAAUUUUGCUCUGAUGGGCCUUUAUUAACAUUUAUAAGAUGUCUUUUUUAAUUGAAGUGGAUGGUAGUGAUGUAUUGGAAUUCUGACUUUUGUAUCUUUAGCAGUAUUGUAAAAAUAAAUAUGUGGUAUUUCUUUGAAAUUUAAUAAGUUU